AUGCCGCAACCUAAGAAAAAAAAGACCAGGGAAGAAGUACUAGCACAAAAGCGAGAAAAUGAGAGAAAACGUUAUGAAAGAAUAAAAAAUGAUCCAGAGAAGUUAGGUACUCUGAAAGAAAAGAAAAAACAGUAUUAUUUAAACUCAAGAAGUACAGGAAAAAUAAAAACAAUAUCCGAGAUGACUGAACGUGAAAAAAGGCACUGCAGGAAGUCGUGGCGAGCAAGAUCUAGUAAAUACUACAAGAAAAAAUGUGCUGCGAAAAAGAGUGCUACAGAUUUUAUAAGAGCGAACACUCCAUCAAGCUUAUGUAGUGAAGAUUUAAUUUGUCAACCAUCAUCGUCCCAGCGUCCGCUUUCACCACUGCAAGAAACAUCUUCCAGCCAGUCGCCUAGGUUAACGGUGGCUAGACAAAAGUCAAUUAUUCAAAGACGUAAGAGAAACAAAGAAAUAAAAGAGAAGGAUGACAAAAUUGCAAAACUGAAAGCUGAACUGAAUAAAUACAAGAAGAAAGUUAGCAAACUUCAGAAGAAAAACAAUCCUCAGAAAUUAACUCCAAACUCGAAAAUGUCUCAAAUGGCUGAUAACCCAACAACUCGAACUGAAGUAGUGAAAAAAGCAUUAUUUGGGGACACUAUUGAAAAGCAGAUAGCACAAAAUCUAAAAAAUCUUAAAACAAGACAAGAAAAAGAAAUUUCAAAUAAGUUGAUUUUGGGUGCUAUUGUAAAAGAAAGAAAAGUGUGGAAAGCUAAUAACAAAGUGAUCACUUAUAAAAAGAUAUGGAAUGCUGAAAAACAAAAACAAAAUAACAAAAAGACAGAAAGACGACUGUCAGACAUUGACGAUAUUUUUGACGAGUCAGACUCUGAAAGGAAUGCCGCCAGAAGCCCGAGCAUACUCAAUCCUCCGGACAAGGAUGAUAUUUUGAGCUGUACUAGUGAUGUGACACUCAACAUUGAUGAUCCUGAUGGUUUAUUGCUUAGCGGUCCUGUUUUAAAUAUAGACCCUAAAGAUUUGUUCCCGGAAAAUGAAGAAAGGCUGAAAAGGAAAAGAAAAACAAAAGACAAAUCACAGCGACGUCAAGAAGAAGAGAUUAAAAAAACCAAGACUGCAAAAGCCCGUCCUCAAAAAAAGAAACCAAAGGCAAAUUUUAAAGGAAAAAGUCAAAAAGAAAGACACGAAACUGAUCCUGAUGAUUGUUAUUGUAUUAUCUGUGGAUUUUUAUAUAAAGAAGACACAUCAGGUCAAGAUUGGAUCCAAUGCAUCAUAUGUCAUCAAUGGGCGCAAUAUAUAUGGCAACAGGAGAUUACCAUACCAUCCAUGGAGGACCACACCAUAGCUUACAGUUACAGAGUAGGAAAAACCUCUGUAGCAAGGAUAAUCGAGGAAGUUGCCGAUGCUAUAUGUGGGACUGUUUAG